UGGUGUUACAACUUACAACACGGUUGACUUGACUUACAUUCCCAUUCUCCAUUCACCUUCUUCUCAUUCCACUUUCUUUUCAUAUCUGCCUUUACAGUUUUCAUAUCCUUUACUUACUCACAAUAUGAGUAUUAGUUUUGAGACAUUCACGUGGAAAAUCCAAAACUUCUCUAAACAGAACAUCAAGAAUCUACAAUCCAAGGCUUUCCGUAUAGGACAUCAUAAAUGGAGGAUCCGUUUGUAUCCAUUAAGGAGGGACGUUAACCAUUUCUCGUUGUAUUUGAUGGUUGCGGAUUCUCUACCGGCUUAUGGUUGGAGCAGAAACACAUAUUUCAAGUUGAUUCUUACAAAUCAGGUUGAUGCCAACAAGUCAAUUGUAAAGGAGACUCAGCAGAAGUUCAAUGGAGGAUAUCGCAGUUGGGGCUCAACAUUCCUUACCCUCAGUGACUUCUAUGAUCCUAACCAAGGGUAUCUAGUCAAUAACACAUGUAUCAUUGAAGCUCAUGUUUGUGUUUCUGAUGUUCCGCCUCAUGCUAUCAAAUUAAGAAAAACCAGCAGUAGCAUUAGUCCAGCAAGUGACUCUAUCUCUAUCUUGCUUGAUGAUCAAGAAACAGAAUCAACAGAUGGGAGCGAGACACUUACUUCCGCGACCUGCAGGUCUAGUCGAACUGAAGAUGAAGAUGAAUUUUCAGACUUAACACUAAAGGACAUCAUAAAUUUGGACAGUUUUGGUAAAGAAGAAGCAUCUUUUGUUCCAUUGGUGGAAGAUGCCUGCAUGUGGCAUCCUGAUCUAAUACAGAGCCAGAGGAACCGAAGCGAACGAUUCAAAAUAUGGGCAUUCACAUCUUUAGGCCAAGUUCUGCAUUUCCUCAAGACAAGCAAGGUGAAGGACAUGGAUGAAGAUGGUUGUAAUUAUCUGAAAGAUUUAUGGGAGGAGCUUGUUAGGUCCUCAGGAUUCAACUUAACUUGGUUGGAGCCUUAUGUUCAAUCUGCACUGGGAAUGAAGUCUCAUUUGGAAAGAGCAGCGGGUAUGGAUGAUUUAAGUGACAAUUUGGUUGCCAUUGAGAUCAAGAUGAAGAAUCUGAGGGGAGAACUUGCUGCUGCAGAAGCUGAGUUUGUGGAAGCAAGGAAAGCUUUGGCUGAGGCAAGAAAAGGUUACAAAGAGAUAGAUAUGAAUGAUGUGUUAGGCUAUUCCAUGUUUUAGGUAAACAAUAGUGUUAUUUGGACCCUCUUCAUUCCUUAUUCAUCCACUUUUAGUCCCAAAUCAUGGUGGGAGAUAGAAAAUUUAGCUGCCUUCUAUGUUAAUGUUGCAAGUGCAAGAAGUAGUGUAUAAAAUUAGUCUCACAUUGAAGAAAGUAAAGAAGAAUGAGGAGUUUAUAAGAUGAGAAACCUAUUAAUUUAUUGCCUCAAGAUUUGAGUUAGAUGUGAUUUUUUCUCAUGUUAUUAUUCUAAAAUGUGAAUUUGAACAAAUUUGUAUCUC